CCUGGCAACCCGCCUCGUGCUCCCGGCCUUGUAGCGGUGCCGUGGCGGGGCGUGUAGGCGUUGACAUCACUCACGGUCAACGGCACUGCCCAUACACUCAGUCCACCCUGGCGGGGACCUCACCAAUGACCUCCAUGAAAACAGGGUCCCAGAUAAGCCAGUUGGUCUGAAGGCCGUGGCACUGACUGACCACAUCAGGGUGUGCUGGCAGCCCCCCGUAUAGCACAAUGUGAUGCUGUGCGGCUACACCAUUGCCUGGGACCGAGGCGUGGCGGAUAUCUACUCCAAGAUCGUGGACAGCAAGCAGCGCGGUUACUUCAUUGAUAAGCUGGAACCCAACAUGGAGUUUGUGAUAAGCCUGCGAGCCUUCAACAACGUGGGUGACAGGCAACCGGUGUACCAGCAAGUCCGCACCCAGCCAGAGGAGGAGGAGGUGGUGGCACCCACGCUGGACCCGGCGGUGUGGGUGAAGGCCGUGGUGCUGACGCCCUUCACCGUGGUGCUGCAGUGGGCAGACACCAUGCUGAGCCAGAACCAGUACAACAGCUGCACCACCUUCUCGUCCUCAUCCUCCAGCCGCUACGUCAACGCCACGGAUGUGACCUGCCUCAUUGACAGCCUCAAGCCAUCAACAGUGUGUGAGUUUGCUGUGAAGACCAUCAGGGUGAGACCACAGUGCUGGAAGCCUUCGUUCUUCUUUCAGUAAAUAUUCACUCAGUCCUGCAACACUUCUCAAGGAAAUCCUGCACAGCUGAAUCCUUGCUGUGAUGAGGCACAGAGAAAUUAUGACUCAUAGGGUGAGCUAUUAUUAGUGUUUGAGAUAUUGAUUUUUUCAAUGACCUUUUGCAAAUACUUAAAAAUGAACCUUAUAUAAUGGUAUUAGAAACAGCACAGCAGGGUUGGCAAUGAUUUAAUCAAAUUGAUUUAAUCAAAUGAUUAAAUCAUUGAUUUUAUUUGUAUUUUUUCUGAGUAAAAGUAUUCCAUAGGUUAAAUGAUGUGCUCCAAAGAU